AUGGCUCGGUUUCAUUCGGCGGAUAAGUCGAUGAUGGAUUAUCAUGGUGGAACUCUCGCAGCGCUAUUUAUCAUCGAUGAUAAUUUCAUUUUGGAAUAUUCGCUUCAGGCAUGCGAAAAAAAUCGAAAAUCUCAAGUGUUAAAUUUUCUGGCAGUAAACUCAUUGAAGUCGUGUCCAUACGAAAUAUCGAAGAUUAAAAUUCCAUCAGCCGCAGUAACCGUGUCGUACCAUCGAGGAUUGCCAAAGAUCACGGUGCCACUGCCAUCCAGGAACGAGAACUGUGUGUUUAUCCUGAAACCAAUUACCCACACGGUCGGAGACUUCAUCCAGAUGCUGAAGAAGGAAGAUCGUGGUAUCGAUCAUGCACUCGUGAGGUCCAUUGACGGCGUCAGGAUAGGCUCCAACAAUACGAUCGAAUCGCUACUGGAGAACGACUUUCGACUGAUAAUAAAUGACAAGGAGUACUUGGUCACACCGCCGUUGCAUCAUCAGAAGUGCACUACGGAGAAUUUAGGACAGAUCGAAUCCCCCCAUAUAUUUGGUGGCCAAAUGUCUCUGAUGAUGCAGUCUCAAGAACACCAGGUCCGAUUAGAAAGAGAAGUAUUAGCUGAACUGGAGACCCUUAGGGUGGAACUAGAGCCCCUCGAACAGAAACUGCAAGAGUUAGAGACUACUGCACAAAGAAGGACAAACAUUUUUAUUUGGGUGUGUCUUGCCGUAAUGUCGAUUCAGUUCAGCUGCCUAGCCAGGUUAACCUGGUGGGAAUACUCAUGGGACAUCAUGGAACCGGUUACAUAUUUCGUUAACUACGGCACGACGAUGAUCUUCUUCAUCUACUUCGCCUUAACGAGACAGGAAUACAUGCUGCCAGACGUGAUGAACAGACGACAACUCAUCACGCUCCAUAAGAAAGCAAGAAAAAUAGGAUUCGAUCUGGAUCAUUAUAACAGGUUGAAGGAACGAGUCUACGAGCUAGAAACUAUCUUGAAAAUUGCUCGUGGUCCCCUGUACGAUUAUCAGCAGCACAUCGAACAGAAAAAAAGAGAAAGAUCAAGUUCGAGCAGUUCAAGAUCGCCGAGUUCUUCGCCUAGCCCCAGCCCUAGUCCUAGUCCUAGCCCAGAAAGAACGCUUCCUAAGAGGGGAAUCUUCACACAGAAAGAUGCAUCGAAAAAACGGGAUCCUUUGAAAAACAAAGAAACGAGGGAUUGUUGAUCGUGAAGACUUUAAGAGAGGAAUCUCGUUGCUGGAAAAUUUUAAAGAAAUCCCCGACGGAAAAAUAUAAAUUGCACUCAGGGCGAUUACCGAAUGACAAUGUAAUGUAAAGAAACAAGUAAUGUAACGAGAAAGGAAACGAUUAGUUUCUUGCUCUGUGCAUAAGCUACAGACGCUCGAAUCCUUGAUGGAGUCUUCCAAGUCGUACGACGACACUCCUAAUCAACGAGUAUGUGUAUAGUAUAUUUGCCCAAUGCUCAAUAACAUUAACUGCUGUGCAUUUGGAAGACGUCGAAGAAAGAAAUGUAUAUAUCACGCAGUUUUCUACAUAUGAUUAUCAGUAACUAACAGGACAGGUUCAAAAAGAAUCAAAAGGGUUAGGAACUGGAAUGAUAUUAUAGA